GACUGGGCCAACGCAUUUCAUCUACAAACAAUAACUGUUGUAUUAUUGAUGGAAACCAAUCUAAAUGCAGACGAUGCACGUGUGAGGCAAACGAGCAAGUGUAAAUAAAUGAGAAAUACAAAUAACUGUAUGACCAGUGCAUAUGUUUAAAGAUUGUCAAACAUAUAAUGGAAGUUAAGAACGUGAGGUGCUGUGACACAGCAGCCUUAGUGGCACUCAUUAACAUGCUGAAAGUGAACCUGAGUUCAACACCUGAGAUUUACAAUACACUUUUAGCUGUGCUUUGUGACUUUGAUCCAUGUAAACUUGGCAGCAGAGAUAGAACUGUGAGAUAUAUUCGCUUGUUAAUCACAGACAAAGUACUAGCUAACUGUCUUCUUAUGUCACUUCCACAAGCCUCCGAAGAACUACAGAAUCUACCGUUUUACACCGGAUCCCUGCCAGAUAUGAGGAGAGCUCUAAAACAAAAGUUUCAAGGAAUGAAAGUAAGUGUACAGUCCCCAAAAAGAAGAUCUGAAGAGCCUAGUAGUGUACCUGCUGAUGCCUUAAAUCAGAAUAUAACGGUGAUUGUUACAGAUCAAGACCAGACAAAGCUUAUUACAGUAGAUGAAACAAAUGAUCCUAAUAAAGUACGGACAGAACUGGAUCCAUGUUCACCUUUCCAUGGCAGAAAUAAGAAAACAACUGCAACAAUAAUACCAUCUUCUCAACCUAAACCUGUUAUCACAUUUACCAAGUCUUCAUUAGCAAGCUCAAGCCAAGACACACUAGCUAUGAUGAAUUUAAGCAACCCUGUGAUAAACAAUGUCACUAAUCAACCACCUGUCACACUCAUUUUGGAUGCUCAGAGUCAAAGUUCAGCUGCUAAGGUGUCUAAAAAUGCAUCACAGAGUAGAUUGGAUGAUUUAGUGGCACUGGUUAAAUCUAGAAGCAACAGUAAACAUGCUACAGUGCAAGAAUGUGUUACUACAUCAGCUGAAGUUCCUGUGACAAAUGUUUGUCCCAGACCUGUCUAUUACGCGGGAUCAGAUAUGAACUAUUCAUUAUUAUGGGGACAAAGAGAGCAGCCCUUUUCACAAAACUGUAAACAAAAUACAAACCCUAUCUCUCAAGCUAGAUUGCAAACUCCUCUGGUACCAUUAUUAUAUCAGCCUUAUACAUACCCAGUACAAGGAAGUGCAAGUUACCAAUCCUGCUUGGCUGGGUAUGCAGCAAAUUCUUUGUUACCAUGGACACCAUUGACCUAUUUUCAAGGUUAUACCCCUAAUCCUCAUUACCCAACUGCACCUCUUCAUUUUGGUCAGCUAUCAUCCACAUCAGGUAUUGAUGCUACACUCGAUUUGUCCUUGAAGAAAAAACCUGAAUCUCAAACUCAAUCAAGGCACAGUGACAAUAAUGGGAAUAGCAAUGAAAAUAAUAAGAAAAAAACAAGUCAAAAAAGAAGUGCUUCAGUAUCAACUGUCCCAAAUGAAAAUGAAAUCCUACAGCCAAAACAGAAGGUAAGAAAAACGUCGACUGAAACACCAGAAAGAAGUAUGUCACCUUAUAUAAAGGAAACGGCAAAAUGCCAACCAGCUUUGAACAAAACAGCGUCAUACCUGAGCUCAGGAGAUGAUCGCAAGAGUAUAGAUGAGAGGCCAAACAGUCUUAAAGCAUUGCAAGAAUUAACUUUAAGAAUAGAUGGAAAUAUGGAAAUAUGGGAGUCAGUUCAACACAAAGUCAAAAUCUCCUGUCUUCAAGGAGGUUCUUGUCAACUGGAAGUAUAA